AAGAUGGACACUAGCCAACACCUAAACUCAUCAAUAAAUGAACCUACCGAAUCCAUGAUAGAAGCCGCCAAAAACGACUACGCUAAUCGGCUUUACGUGCACACUCAACAACAACUUAUACGCGCGAAAUCGAAGCAUCAUCAAAAGCCUAAGAGAAGAGAAAAAAAUCCAAUUAAUGUGAGCACUUCAAGUUUUAUCACUCAACCAAGUACAUUAAUGAUCCAAUGUCAAAAUGCUCAUAAACAAAAUAAUAAAUCUGGUCGAUGA